UAUGGAUCGUGACUUCGGUUUUAUCUCAGCGCAGUAUCCCUGACACCCCUCCUAGGAUCCCGCUGGCCUGCGGCGGGAAAGUCUUGCGCCUGCGCACUAAGCAUCCCAUACAGUCUCGGGUCUGAGAGUGUAGGUCCUUUCCAGCUGAUCUCGCGGUCUGCGCGGCCGUAGGGAUCCCAUUCAUUCCCACUUCCUUUUUUCCUUCCGGCGCUCGUGACCGCUGCUUUGCUUCCCCUGUGGACAUGACCCCUUAGCUGGCAUUUUGCAUACCAAUUGUUUUGUGAUGGAGUCGUCUUUGGGAAUUCAGGUGGAUGAACCCAUGGAUUUUUCUCCCCUGUCUGACCAUUUGCAGGCUGAUGGCUCGUUAAAAAAACAUGAGCAGAAUUCUAAACUAUCAGGUGUUAAAAAAGACAUUGAGAAGCUUUAUGAAGCUGUCCCACAGCUUGGUAAUGUGUUUAAGAUUAAGGACAAAAUUGGAGAAGGCACGUUCAGCUCUGUUUAUUUGGCUACAGCACAGUUACAAGUAGGACUUGAAGAGAAAAUUGCUCUAAAACACUUAAUUCCAACAAGCCAUCCUAUAAGAAUUGCAGCUGAACUUCAGUGCCUAACAGUGGCUGGGGGGCAAGACAACGUCAUGGGAGUUAAGUACUGCUUUAGGAAAAACGAUCACGUGGUGAUUGCCAUGCCAUAUCUGGAGCAUGAGUCCUUUUUGGACAUCUUGAAUUCUCUUUCCUUUCAAGAAGUACGGGAAUAUAUGUUUAAUCUCUUUAAAGCCUUGAAACGUAUUCAUCAGUUUGGUAUUGUUCAUCGUGAUGUUAAGCCCAGCAAUUUUUUAUAUAAUAGGCGCCUGAAAAAGUACGCCUUGGUAGACUUUGGCUUGGCCCAAGGAACCCAUGAUACAAAAAUAGAGCUUCUCAGAUUCGUCCAGUCUGAAGCUCAGCAGGGAAGUUGUUCACAAAAUAAAUCGCAUGUAAUCACUGGAAACAAGAUUUCGUUGAGUGGCCCAGCAGCACCUAAGGAGGUGGAUCAGCAGCCCACCACAAAAACUUCUGUUAAAAGGCCCUACACAAAUACACAAAUUCAGAUUAAACAAGGAAAAGAUGGAAAGGAUGGAUCUGUAGGCCUUUCUGUCCAGCGCUCUGUUUUUGGAGAAAGAAAUUUCAAUAUACACAGCUCCAUUUCACAUGAGAGCCCUGCAGUGAAACUUAUGAAGCAGUCAAAGACUGUGGAUGUACUGUCUAGAAAGUUAGCAGCAAAAAAGAAGGCUGUUUCUACGAAAGUUAUGAAUAGUGGUGUGAUGAAGAAAAGCACCAGUUCUUGCCCAGCUAACCAGACCUGUGACUGUUAUGCAACAGAUAAAGUUUGCAGUAUUUGCCUUUCAAGGCGGCAACAGGUUGCCCCCCGGGCAGGCACCCCAGGGUUCAGAGCUCCAGAGGUCCUGACAAAGUGCCCAGAUCAAACUACAGCAAUUGACAUGUGGUCUGCAGGUGUCAUAUUUCUUUCUUUGCUUAGUGGACGGUAUCCAUUUUAUAAAGCAAGUGAUGAUUUAACUGCUCUGGCUCAGAUUAUGACAAUUCGUGGAUCCAGAGAAACUAUCCAAGCUGCUAAAACUUUUGGCAAAUCAAUAUUGUGUAGCAAAGAAGUCCCAGCACAAGACUUGAGAAAACUCUGUGAGAAGCUCAGAGGUAUAGAGACUAAUGCUCCCAAACUAACAGGUGAUACACAGGGAUCUGCUCAUGACCCAACUGUUUCAGAGAAGACUGACCAUAAAGCUUCUCACCUCAAACAAGCACCUCAAGCACCGCACUCAGGAAAUUCAGUGUGUAAAGCACACAGAAAUGGCUGUGGGGGUUGUUUUGAUGCAAACACUACGAAUUUAGAAGGCUGGGACAAGGUACCUGAUGAAGCGUACGACCUGCUUGAUAAACUUCUGGAUCUAAAUCCAGCUUCAAGAAUAACAGCAGAAGAAGCUUUGUUGCAUCCUUUUUUUAAAGAUACGAGUUUGUGAUUAUUGGUCUUCAUUUAAUAUUUGCUAUUGGGUAUUGUGAAGUGGAGUGAAAGAGUUCUUUGUAUAACAUAAGUUCUUCAUUAGAGAGCAGGGUAAGAUGGGUAAUUUAUUUUAAAAUUUUAGUAUUUGCUCUCUUGGCAGAUUAUAAACGUAGAUUAAGACUACUUGUGCCUGGGAUAGUUCUUUGGACUAACAACACGAUCUUUGAGUUAGAUCUACUCAAGGAGAGUCAGCACUUUAGUUUCACUAAUUACUUGUCAUCGCCAUAUGCAGUUUUAGCCUAGUACCUAGGGCUUUAAGGUGCAAGUCUGAAAAUUAAUGGGUGUGUUAGGGGUUAAAUGAGCCAAAAGACUUGCCUUACUGGUUUCUUCAAACAAUGAGCUGGUGCAUUCCUUUGGAAAACUCAACCUGGUACUGGUACGGUAACCAUUCUGUAGGUUAAGAUCAUUUCCUCUUCUAGGGGCAUAUAUUAUACCUGUUAUGAACACUAAAACAAUGAGAAAAUGUUGGGGGGUAUCACUUGAAUUGAAUUUAUCCAUUUUAAAAAGUAUUUUGUGAAUUGCCAUUUUUCAAAAAUGGUUUCUCUCUUUUUUUUUUUUUUUUUUGCCUGCUCUGCCCCCAGCUUACACAUUCCCCUUGGAAAGUAUAUGGUGCUUUUCAUAAAGUUUCUGGUGCUUUGUUAAAUAUUGCAUAUGUUUACAGUUGGACACUUAAAAUAACGCAUAUACUAGUUGAUAAUGGGAAGCCAUAGGAUCAAGGUGAAGAUUGAUAGUCCAAAUUCUUUUUCUCUCAGUGUAUGCUUUUUUUUUCUUUUUUACACCAUCAAAAGUAUAAUUAGAUAGCUGCUAAAAGGAAGAGUGAAGGCAGAAUUGAGAAUAUUACUGCAGAUUUUUCCUCUGCCUAGAGCCCUCCAGAUCUCUCUUUUGACUAAGUUGGUCCUGCUCAGAAAAGGUUGAUUACUGGAGUCUUGACUAGGAUGGAGAGAGACAGAUAAUGGAGUAGGCAAAGUAGAAAAAGACCAAAGAUAGAGGUUUAUGUAUUACUACAUUC